AUGGUGUCCACAGCCUUCUCAACCCCCUUCACCUCCCCUUCCCAUCCACAAUCACCAUCGUCACCGGCUCUCAGGAGGAAGAAGACCAUGUCCAUCACGCAGACCUACUUCCUCGCCCACCAGGCCCGGGGUAAGCUGUCCACCGAGGCUGCCCGCCCUGACCACAACCUGCGACUUCUCGUCGGCCACGCCAACCUCCUCGACUCCCUGAUGCUCGACCUUGCCGAUGCCGAGCGGGAACAGGAGAGCUGGUUCAACCAGUCCGUCCGUGGAGCCUCGCCCAAGUCGGAGGAGAAACACAUACAGUGGGCCGAUUCGAUUGUCGAGGAGCAGGACUGGGAAGCCGACUCCUCAGAUUCAGACGAUAGCGACCUCGACGAUGAUGAAGAUAUCGAGAUGGCCGAUGCCGUACCAUUAACACGGGUGUCCUCUAUCAGCAUCGCACCGCCAUCACCCCAAGUACAUACAAUGGAGGUAGACGACGAAGACUUCGAGGAGGAUGACGAGGAGGACUACGCCGCCCUGACCCUCACCCGAUCACACUCGCACUCAGCCUCGCCGCCGGAGCUCGAGCACGAUUGCGAAUCAUCAGACGACGAGUCGAUGCCGCCCUCACCACCCACCGACGCACUACCUACGUUCUCAGAGAAGCAGAGGGAAAGCACAUCAAAUACCAAAUACUACGACCCAAGACAAGACGAGGACGACGACAAGUCAGACUUCUACAGCGAAGGAUACUACCUGCCGCCACGGAAUCCAGCACGGCUGGUGUCCGCGAUAUCGGUCUACUAA